AUGGAGAGCGUUUCAGAGCUCUCAGUACUGCCCACAGCUGUAGCCCCGACUGCAUCUUCAAUCGAUGUCCAUCUAUGUCCAAGAUGCGCGGCAAUCAAAUUCAAAGAUCUUUUCGAUACUCGAGCGUCAGAUUAUUAUACUUCUCAGUAUGGCGUCGAAGUUCUACAGCUUGAAGCAACAAAGGCAGAACUGCUCGCGUCAACGUGUUCCUUGUGCCGAUUCUUCGGGAUGAUGGCUCAUCCACAAGGUCCUGACUGCAGUGAUGCUGAAAGCAACAUACCUUGCCAUCUCCGGGCCAUAUCUACUGUGAACCUGUGGUUUAACGGCGGAGCAAUCGGCACUGAUGGUGACGCGGACUUCCACGACAUCGAUAAUGAGCUCAGCUACAUGCUGCGCGUCGUCCAACGCGAGACCAACAAUUGCCUCUGCGAGGACAGGUGCGGAUAUUUUGCUGAUGCUAAAUCUUCUUCCCCGUGGAGGGUUCGCCAUGUCUCUGCGGCAUCUUGGUGCGAUGGGUUUGCGAAAGAAGCAAUCAACUACUGUCGCGAGCACCACGACGAGUUGUGCUCCCCAAUGCAUGCCAAAGUUGUCAAAGCUCUCAGGGUUGUUGACUGUAGGACGCGAUGUGUUGUUGCGUCCCCGGAAGACUGUCAAUACGUUGCCCUGUCAUAUGUCUGGGGCAAGGUAGGUGCCAUCACUGUUGAGGACAAUGAUCCUAAACGUUCCGAGGUCCCGAAAUAUCCAGAAGUUGUUGAGGAUAGCAUUGUGGUGACGUUGAAUCUGGACUACCGAUACCUGUGGGUCGACAGAUAUUGUAUUGAUCAAGAAGACGGGCCCGAUAAGCUCGACCAGAUCAGACAGAUGGAUGUAAUCUAUAACAAUGCGGUGGCAACAAUAAUGGCAGCAGCGGGGGAGGAUUCAAGCUAUGGACUUCCUGGGGUUGGAACCAAAACCCGAAAGCCACAGCAUAGUCUAGAUCUUGGCAGUCACCUCCUUGUUUCCAUACAACCUCACGCCAGUAACCGAGUGAACUCCUCGAAGUGGGCGAGCAGAGCCUGGACUUAUCAAGAGGGCAUUUUAUCGAGACGGCGCCUACUUUUUACGGAUAAUGAGGUAUCAUUCGAAUGCAAUGGCAUGUACCUUGCAGAAUCAAUGAUACAGCCGCUCGAUAGAGUUUCUAUAAAACGCCAUACGGAACCUCCGCAAAUGAAGCAUAGGCUAUCAAGAAUCUUCCACCACAAAAGUCCCGGAACUGGACGCUACGAAGGCUCGCAAUUUAUCCAGGAGUAUGCCUCGAGGGAAAUUAGCUUCCCAGAGGAUACAAUAAAUGCGAUACAAGGGAUUCUUCAGACUUAUGCGAAGAGUCCGUGUCCAGUUUUUCAUUUCAUGGGAAUUCCCAUCAUGUCCGCAGCGGCUAUUCUACAAAACCCUUACGCACUUGAUGACGUGAAAUGGAAAUCCCUAACCGCCGAGCAUUCAUUUGCAAUGGGUCUCUGCUGGUCACACUCUUGGCGGGGGAAACGACGACCAGAAUUCCCAAGUUGGACUUGGGCUGGAUGGACUGAGUAUCCAUCCGGAACCACUCAAAUCAAACCCGAAAACGUGAAAAUAUGGGUCGACGAUAGCGUAAACCAACUUACAAGAUUCCCCAGUUUCGAUGCUUUGCCCAAUCUCCUCUUACGACAACCAUCGCACGGGAUGUUAUUUCUUACGGUAGAAGCUUCGACAAUCACAUGCACAAUCGCCAGCGUAGAAUUGGACGUGGAGGCGAAGAGAAGAUGCAGUUCUGAUCAAGUGACUGCCAUCGUUGUCAGGGAAGUUGGCGAACACUAUGAGCGGAUCGGCUCAUUUACAUUCAGCUAUGUGAUUUUUGCCCAGCGUACUACUCCACGGCCUGAUGGCAAAUGGGGAGAGAACGAUUUAAAUUAUUAUCGUUCAGGGGCAGGAGAAUGUCUUCCUAAGUUGGUAACAACGAAAUGUACGAUUCGCCUAGGAUAA